AUGAGUAACAAACGUCAAGCUUAUAAUAACUCUGAUUUAGAGUUACUCCAAAAGAAAUUGAAACUCUACCAAGAACUUUUCAAUUUGGAGAAUACAGAUCGACCAUUGGAAGAUCUAGUUAAAAACCAACCUGACAAUGUUUCUGAGGACUCAAAAGAUGAUGACACUUCUCAAAGUGACAAUUACAUGGAACCGGAAACUGAUCCUUCCCUUAAUAAUGAUCCCAAGACAUCAGUCGGGCUGCAAGAUACAAAGGCUCCUGAAGCUCCUACCCUCAGCGAACCUGUCCUUCAAAUGUUGUGUUCUGAAAAAAGAUCCUUGAAAGACAAAAGUUUCAAUUUUCAUCCGGAACUUGUAUCAUACUGGAAAGAGAUCCUUUCAUCAGGCAUGAACAAGGAAGAUAAGUCAAAAAUGGAUAACAAAUACCCUAAUAAAAGUAAUUGUCCUCUUGUUGCUCCGAUUCUCAACCCGGAAAUGUUUCCUUUGCUUAAUAAAACGUCCAAAUCGCGUGAUAAAUACUUGGCUAAUCACCAAGAUUUAUGUGGAAAAAGUUUAGUUGCUCUUGGCACAGCUAUUUGUCAAAUCUUCAAUGAUGAAGAAGAUCCAUUAGACAAACAAGAUCUUUUACAACUUCUUUGCGAUUCCAGCUCCAUGAUGUGUGAGCUAAUGUUCCAAUUGACUAAAUCCAGACAUGCUCAAUUAUACCCUUGUGUUGAUGAAAAAAGAAAAUCUAUAUUGGAAGAUUCACCCACAGACCAAUUUUUGUUUGGUGAAAAUUUAGCUAAAAAAAUCAAGUCUGCUGUUGUAGUAGAAAAAACUGGUCUUUCUAUUAAAAACCGGAAUUCUAAAAAGGAAUUUUCAAAGUCAAAGACUUCUUUAAACUGGAAGAGCCCGUCUGCUCCACGCUCCAACCAGACGGGCUACAACCGUUCUUCGUACAUGAGGAAAUCGAAUGCCUUCAAGAACAAUCAUUCGACGACUCGAUCCCGUUCAGAGAAUCAACCCCCUCAUGCUCAACAAAACCAGACUCAGAACAAAAAGUAA